AUGGGAGCUACAAAUAACUUUGCCCAGAAUGAUCUACAAAUGCUAGGCCGUCGUGAUUACGAUAUUAACUACUUGUGGGGUGCAACUGUUAUGGAGGAUCAAUUAGAUUGUACUACUCUUCAAUUCAUAGCUGCAACCAAGCUACAAUUCCAACACGCUAGCGUGCAAAUCUCAACUCAGGACACACAAAAAAUUGAGCUGUCGCCUAAACAAAAAGUUGCACUUGACAUUGUUCUGCAACAUCAUAAUAAACAAUCUGCAACAACACCUCUACAAAUGAUUGUUCAAGGCACUGCAGGCACUGGUAAAUCAUUUUUAAUAGACUGCAUUAGGAAACAAUUGAACAUAUCUACAACUGUGAAGCAAAACCCAUUGCUUGUUUUGGCACCAACAGGUGUUGUUUCUUUUAAUAUACAAGCGACAACAAUCCAUGCAGGGUUACGCAUACCUAUAAGAGAAAUGCAUCCUUUGAUAGGGCAGCCAUUAAUGACAUUACAAGAACAAUUGAAACAUAUUAAAUAUAUCCUGAUAGAUGAAAUGAGCUUUUUAGGCCCAAAAUUACUACUAAAAAUAGAUAGUUGUUUGCGCCAAGCAUUCCCUGACAGUCAACAUGAAAGCUUUGGUGGGGUGUCCAUCAUUCUUGUAGGUGAUCUUGCUCAGCUCCCCCCUGUAAUGGAUAAACCUAUAUAUGCAUCUCACUCUACAACCCUCAGUUUAUGGCUCUCUUUUACUACUGUCGUAACAUUGGACACUAUUUUCCGGCAACAAGGUGCAUCUAUAAGACAACAUCAAUUCAAAAUAGUCCUUCACAACAUAAGAAAUGCUCAAGCAUUGCAACAUGAUUGGCAGUUUCUGAUGUGCCAGACAAAUGCAACAUUAACUAUUCAACAAAAGAAGGAUUUCAACUCAUCAAUCCAUUUAUUUGCAACAAAUGAAUCUGCACGGUUGCAUAACAGGAAAAUGCUCAAAGAAUUAAAUUUGCCUAUCGCUCUAAGUUUAGCUAAAGUUGGCAAGCAAACAAAUACUGAAUAUGACAACAAUGAACAACUUCCAUUAGAAGUAUUGCUUUCUAUAAAUCAGCAAGUGAUGUUAAUAGCUAACUUAUGGAUUGAAGUUGGCCUUGUCAAUGGAGCUAUUGGUCUCAUCAAAAAAAUUGUAUAUGAAAACAAUACAAAGCCACCAGACUUGCCAAAAUAUGUGGUUGUGCAAUUCAAGGAUUAUAAUGGACCUCCAUGGGAUAUAGCACAUCCAAAAGACAUACCCAUUUUGCCAAUAACACGAGGCAGGCGUACACAAGUACCUUUGACAAUGUCCUGGGCCAUCACUAUUCACAAAUCUCAAGGACUUACAUUAGAAAAAGCUACAAUAGACAUAGGUAAUACUGAAAAGCAAGGACUCACAUUCACAGCUAUUUCAAGAGUGAAGACAAUUGAUGGGAUACGGAUCGAACCACCAUUCUCUUUUGAAAGGUAUUCCAAACUGCAAAAUAAUGCUUAUACAAGCAUUAGAAAGAAAGAGGAAACUCAUUUGCAGUUGCUCUCUGCACAAACAAAUAUCUAUUCAACUUAA